AUGCUAUUUUACAAGCAAUUGACCCGCCAAAUGAGUCUGGCUGCCAAUAGAAGCAUUGAGGGUCCCAUAGCCCAAAGUAUAACUAAGAAAGUCCGCACGAAAUUCCCAGAUCUUACGCACUUUGCAUUGUUCAAUGAUUCGUACAAACAUGCUGGUCACCACGGUAUAGCGGAAGCGGAAAACAAGAUCGAGUCACACUUCAGAUUGGAAAUUGUAAGUGAUGGGUUUCAAGGCUUGACGUUACCGAAAAGGCACCGUUUGGUUUACAAUUUGUUGGAUGUCGAGCUGAAAGAAGGUGUGCACGCCCUACAACUGCAAACCAGGACUCCAGCAGAGCAUGCCAAGAGGCAGCAACAGUAA